UGAGCGUGAACAGUACAGACCUAUUUGCAUUAGACAGCUCCAUGGUGAUGUUAUUGUCUCUGUGUACACACUCAUUCACACACACUUUUCACCUGCUGGGAUGUUACACAGGUGAUCUGGAGGAGGGGAGGCCUCCUGGUUUUAUUCUGGUGAAAAGCAGACAGAAAGUGUGUGUGAUACAGCCUGAGUGUGGUUGGAUCAGGUUAGAUCAGGUGUGGUUGGGUAAGGUGUGGCACACAGAGAGCUGUCCCUGCAGGUGAGGCAGCGGAGGACACACAGCUCAGCCCCGAAACACCACCUUCUGUCUGCCGUUAUCCACCGACCACCGGGCACCGCCGGAGACUCGGAGGAAGAUGAACUGGGGCUUUCUGGAGAACGUCCUCAGCGGGGUGAACAAGUACUCGACCGUUAUCGGGCGCAUCUGGCUCUCCGUGGUCUUCCUCUUCAGAAUCUUGGUGUACGUGGCGGCGGCUGAGCAGGUGUGGAAGGAUGAACAGAAGGAUUUCGUGUGCAACAUCCAGCAGCCCGGCUGCGAGAACGCUUGCUUCGACCACUUCUUCCCCAUCUCGCAGGUGCGCCUCUGGGCUCUGCAGCUCAUCAUGGUGUCCACGCCGUCCCUGCUGGUGGCCCUGCACGUGGCCUACAGGGAGCACCGGGAGGCCAAACACAAGCGGAAACUUUACAAGGACAAAGGGAGCAUCGACGGAGGUCUGUUCUGCACCUACGUCAUCAGCCUGGUCUUCAAGAUAACCUUCGAGACGGGCUUCCUGCUCGCGUUCUACUUUCUGUACAACGGCUUCGAGGUGCCCAUGCUGCUCCGCUGCGACCAGAGUCCCUGUCCCAACACGGUGGACUGUUACAUCGGCAAAGCCACGGAGAAGAAGAUCUUCCUCUACAUCAUGGGCUGCACGUCCAUACUGUGCGUCGCUCUGAACUUUGUGGAGCUCAUGUACAUUGUGUGGAAGCAGCUGUGGAAAUGUUUCACCAAGCGGUACAUCCCCGUGGAGGGGAAGGCUGUCGGCCACUCUCGGCAGUCUGUUUCCAUUGUCAACAAGUUUGCCUUCGCUGAGCCCACAGUAAACACAGAGAACAGACCCACACGGCCCGCAUCCAACGCUGAGAACCAGCCUGUCUAGUAGAGUGGGCUGGCACUGACGGAGAGCUCAAAGUGAAACCAACAUGGACACAGUUACCAAAGGUUUCUGUCAGUUGAGAAAAACAGGCCAAGUGAUUAUCAAUAAAAAGAUAGAGAUAAAGAAUAUUUAAUUUAUAUGAGAAUAGAGAUUAGUUAUAGCCUAUUAGGUAAUCUAUCUUUGUAAAGGUGACUGUUACAUUUUAGAUCAUACUAUUCAAAUGCUACAAUUGUAUUGCUUGUGAACAUGUUAAGUGUAAUAAUAAAUUAAUAUAUUCACAUUCAACUAAAUAUGCUCAUCUUUCAGUGAACUAGGGAUGCACCCAUCCAACUUUUUCAGUCCUAAUACUGAUACCUGGGCUUUGAGUAUCGGCCAAAACCGAAUACCGAUCAAAUACCAGUGUUUAGGAUAGGACAGGAUGAACCGUAUUAAUCCCCAAAUAAAAGGGAAACUGGUUUACCACCAUGCACAAAAAACACAACACAAUACGUCAACUACACAAUAGAUAACACCACACAGUUCAUUGAAGGGAAAUACAUAGUUAGAUCAACGAUAAGGGGUCAUAAAAGCUUAAAAGUCUACAGCCAUUAAAAGCAGAAAGUGCAUAGUGCGUUCAGUGAAUGAAUAAAUAGUGAAAGGACACAGUGUCAACAAUGUUCAUUAAAAAGCCUGAUCGUCCUGAACGUCUCAGUGGAGCCGGUUGCUCAUGCAGCUCUUAAUAAAGCAGCUGUUCAGCUCAUCCUGUGACAGAACACCUGAAGCUACCUCCUGGUUCCUUUGCUAUGUGAUGGUCUCCAGAGAAUCUGGAAACAGGCCAAUAAUAGAUCCGGCCUUCUUGAUCAACUUAUUGAUCCUGUUCAAUAUCCACAGCUGUAAUGCUGCCACCCCAACAGACAACAGCAUAGAAAAGAACUCUUGUUAAACAAAUAUGUAAAAGAGGCCUCAUCACUUCAAAUGACCUGAGCU